AUGGGGCGUUGCUUCAGGAAGGAAUCCCGCUCAGCUCUUCUGCUUUCGCCAAAUAUAGGGUUCCCUUUGGAGUCAGUGCGGGUGGAGGUGGCUGCUGCACAAAUGAGCCAGAACCCUGUCACGAGGCUGUAUGGCCCGAAGACCACAAGGGCGUCCGACUCACUGUUCGAACGCAUGGGUGGCGACAAGAAGCUUGAUGAAGUCGUCACCGCCGUGUACAACGACAUGAAGAAUGACAAGGAGAUUGGGAAGUUCUUUGCGCGGUUCAGGCUGGAGAGACUGAAGGACCGGACGGUGGACUACCUGAGAGGCGAGUGGGGUGGCGAGAGCUACAAGGGCUCCGACCUCUGGACGGGGAGGGAUUUCUCACUCGCACAUGGGCAUCAACUCUCACUGGUACGACAUCAUGAUGAAGUUUUAUGUCCAGCGUCUCAAGAAGGCGCGUAUUGGCAAGGCGGAGCAGCAAGAGAUCUUGGAGUCAUUGGAAAAGAUGAGAAAGCCUAUAGUCGAUCCUGGAGGGAGGGAGCCUCAAGCUCAAAGAUAUGUACUUGA